CAGCAGUGACAUCACGUCAAGCUCCGUGGUCCCAUCCAAAUUGCUCCAGGAGCUAUGUAAGCGAGGGUCCGUGCACGACCUGCAAGGGGAGAGCUGGUCCAAGCUUUUUUACCGAGCUCAACCAAUUCACCGAGUCGCUGUGAAGGUUCACCGAAACUGGGCGACCAAACGAAGAUGGGUCUCCACCAAAAGUUGAGCCUCCAUCGACAGCUGCUCAAAGAGCCAAGUUUCCACCUUCACCCACCUCGGCCCAUCACGGGGGAGAAGAACCACCACGCCUUCAGCCCAAUCAAAGCGGUAGCGCGAAGAGCUCACUGUCAACUAUACGGAACCGAAUGCGCCAAUUGUAGAUACCCGACAGACAAGCACAACCUUCAAGAUGAUACCCAGAGCGCCCGCCCGCCGUCUCCUCCGGGACAUCCUCCCCGCGCACCGCAUCGCACCGCGACCCUUCCUCCGACCCUUUGCCUCAACGCCCUCCUCCCGUCUCCAAGCGCAGCGCCCGCCGCCGCCGCCUCCGACCGCUCAAUCACCCCUCCAAACCCAACAACAACAAGCCGCCGCCAACGCAGCCCUCUCGAACCUCUCCCACCUCACCCCGGCACAAAUCACAGCCCUCCUCUCGACGACACCACCGCCAACACUACCUGGAGGAGCAGGAGGCAUCCCCGGGGCCCCGAUCCCCCCUCCCGGUUCACCAGCCGGAGCAGCAGCAGCAGCAGGCCCCGGCGUCGGCCCCUCCCGCCGCUCAGUCCUCCUCCGCCGCACCCUCUGGGCCCUCUUCUUCUUCGCCCUAGGCUACAAGCUCACCGACGACCAAAUCGCAAACAUCCGCUUCACAGCCCCCUUCCUCUACCCGCCCGUCGAGGCAGACGAGCAGCAGAUCCCCCUCUUCCGCGCCCACGCCACCUUCCAAGCCAUCGAGGACUACCCCAUCCUCCAGUCCCUCGUCCCCACCAUGCCCCCCGGCAGCGCCCCCAUCCCAGGCGUCGCGACGCCGCAAUUACCCCUAUCGGACUGGGAGAACUGGGAACCCUACCAAGACUUCUCCCCCGAGCGCAAAGCGCACCACCUCUGCGCAGGCCCCACGCUGAAUAACCCCAACGGCCUGGGCCUCGUCAACAUCGUGUUCAGGCACAAGUACACGGGCGAACUCAUCCUCGCCAUCAUGUUCGGGCAGGGAACGUCCGGGUGGCCGUCCGUCGUGCACGGCGGGAUGCUGUCGACCAUCAUGGACGAGGCCAUGGGCCGCCUCGCGGCGCUGAAUUUCACUGCCAACACGGCUGUUACGGCCAAGUUGGCCAUGGAUUUCAAGGUGCCUGUCACGCCGGGCAUGCUUUACAUUGUUCGUGUGGGGAAGGCGCUGCCUGAGUGGCAGAAGGAGAGGCCUGAUGAGGAGGAUAAGACGGAUCGCAAGUUGUGGAUCAUCGGACGGAUGGAGGAUCCGGAUGGGGCUACUGUUGUUGAGGCAAAGGGGCUUUUUGUGGUGCCCAAGGGGAUUGAGGUGCAGCCUCUUGGUGGGAAGUUCUGAGAAGGUGAGGGUUUGACACGCGAGGUUGGCUAUCGAAAAGGAGGAGAUGGUAAAAUAGGGGAAAGUUGAAGUGCAUUCCAUGGCGUUGCAAAGGGGAUCUGUGGUAUUCCAAUCGUCUCUGAACUAACAACUGAGGCAGGAAAAAGAAGGG